UGAGAUGUUCUCUUGAGCCAUCAUUGCACUCCAUUGCAUUGCAACACAUCUCUUGCAUUUUUUUUUCUUUGCAUUCUCAUUACCACACUUCUCUAGAGGCAAUGUUUAUAAACCCCCAUACCCCCAACCAAAGCCCUUCUCAAGUUCUCAGUUUCAGCAGUGGCAACAUCUUUGCUUUGCUCUCUCUCCCCUUUUGUUUCUUUGUCUCAUUGCCAGUGUAAAUCCCCUGAGGAAUCUAGUAGGUUAAAGAGACGAAGACAAGAGGAGAAACAAGGGAAGGGACAAGAGCAUAUAUUUGGAUGCUUUCUUGCUGAAUAGGGCGGGUAGUACCAUCAGCUUGCUGAUCUCAGUCAAGGACAAGAACAUAACAAGAACAAAGUGAAGCUCAAGAUGAUGGUGCAGAUGGAGAAGCUUGUGAGGCAGUGCGACAUGGAGGUCAUGAAGAUGGCCAUGCUCAAGCAUGAAGAGACUUUCAAGCAGCAGGUGUAUGAGCUGCACCGGCUGUACCGCGUCCAGAAGCAGCUGAUGAGCGACCUCAACAGGUCGCCGCCGGAGCUAACCUGCCGGCGGCGGCAGCGGCGCAAGCAGCACACCCGCCGCCGGGCGCUCAACCUGCAGCUCCCCGCCGACGAGUACAUCGUCGUGGCCGACGCCGGCGGCCAAGCGACGCCGCUGCCGCCGCCGCCGCCGUCGUCCAGGGAAGACGAGCUAGCGCUGACACUGGCCGUCGGCGGCGGAGGCGCCGCCGGCAGGAGGAACAACAAGCGGCGGGAGAGUAGCCCCUUCACGUCCAACUGCUCGGGCGGGAGCCUCACGACGGCGACAUCGACGUCGACGUCGUCGUCGACCGACUCCGACGGCUCGCUCCGGCAGCCGCCGCCGUGCCCGAGAGCAAUGGCAUUCGAUGUGCUACAUGACGGGUCGACGGCGGCGGCGGCGGCGGCAGCGCCAUGGCUGCAGCAGCGGCUCAGCCUUAGGAUGGCAUGAUGAGAUGAUUAGAUAUGAUGAUAUUAUGAUCGAUCCUUGUAGAGGUUAAUUUGCAAGGUUGUAAGAUGUAACCUCUUCUGCCUUAGGAUGGCAUGAGAUGAUUCAGUACUUGGCAGUAGGUAGCGUGCUAGCUUUGCUAAAUUGCUAAUCAAUGAGUGUUUGAUGGUUAAUCAGAUCAACAAUGGUUAAUUUCUCACUUGAUCACA